AUGCCACCGCGAGGUGUAUCGGAGUCCUCGCUGCCCAGUCGGGCACCCAGCACUUUGUUUGGGUGUGAGGCUCUGCCCAAGUCUCUUCAUGACCCUUUUGCCACCCAAAGCUUGCAAGGAAGAGCUGAGAGCGCGCAGGAUGGUGUGGCCCAGGCUGCGGCAAGCGAGCGGUCACAAUUAGUGCAGGCAUGGGGAGUUGCAGGCGUUGUCUUGUACCUCUCAUACGGUGUCUUUAAAGUGGUGCCAAUUGUGUUGGAUGGACUAGGUGCUCUUUCCGAACCUUGGCAGUGGGGUUUGCUCGUAGUGACCUUGCUCUUCUUUGCUUACGUUGAGGGCUAUCGGGGUUUUCAGCUGGGUUUCUCCCCUCGCGUAGUGAGUCGCGCCUGGGUGGUCUCGGAGGAAAUUGAAGAAGCUCCAGUGUGGCACAAGGUUCUGGCCCCCGCCUUCUGCAUCGGCUACUUCCACGGCACCGACAAGCGAGUCAUCACCAGCUGGGCGGUCACCACCGUGAUCUUCGCCGUGGUCAUAGGCGUGAAGCAGUUGGACAACCCCUAUCGGGCCAUCAUCGAUGCUGGCGUGAUCGUUGGCCUCAUGUGGGGCAUCCUGUCCAUCAUUGUUCUCUACUUGGCGUCCUUGCAAAGUCAGAAGCCACCUGAGUUCGAUCCGGUGCGGGGACCUCUCCUCGCCCUGCCCCUCCUUGCAGCCGUGGCUUUUUGCGACGACGAGUUUUUGGCAGCGCGGCGCGGGGAGCCACACGGGCCCAGCGACUUUCUGGAGAUCCCGCCGGACGAAACCGGGCCGCCGAUGCCGCCCGCGCCGCUGGUGCCGCCGAGCCCGACGGCCUGCAGUGUUUUUCCCAGAUGUCACGCGUUGGGCCUGACUGGGGCUUGCUGCCCACCAGCAGAGGGGACGCCAGCUCUGGGUUGCUGCGAAGGUGGCCCUGGCUGCACGGCCUACCCCGCCUGUGUGGCGCUGGGUCUCAGCGACUGCUGCAGCUCGGAGGAUCUGCAGCCGCACGCCUGCUGCGCGGCGGGUGCUGGCGCCUGCGAGGCCUAUCAGGCCUGCGUGGACAGCGGCCUCGUGGGCACGUGCUGCCCUACCGAAGGUCCACGACAUCCGUGUUGCAGGGGCAUCGUGGUACCGCAGCAGAACAAGCUGGCCGAGAGUCGUUUCUGCUCGUCACAUCCACAGUGUGUGGAAUUGGAUUUGGACGAGGGCGCUGCGUGCUGCCCUACAAUCGAUGAGAUCUACUUGGAGUGCUGUAAUGAGACUGACAGCUGA